CAUUUCGCUUCUGAAAUGGAAUUUUCAUGAUUAUUAUAAAGUUUUGUCUGUAUAUGAGAAUCAAAAAUCAAAAAAUUCUAACUAUACAAAUUUGGAUCAUUCAAGUGAAAAAUUAUUACAUUAGAAAUAGAAAUUUUCACAAAUGAAAAUUAAAUUAAGAGAAGGAUAAAAAAAUAAUUUUUUUAAAUUCUAGAGUGUUAAAAAUUAAUAAUAUUCUGGAAUUUGUAUUAUUUUUGCAAAAUUAUUUAACUUUUCUAAAAACAGAGUGAAUAUGCGAAUGAGAUUUGAAAUUUCAAAGAGAAAUCAUCGUAUACAAUAACAGCAGAGGCAAACAUGUCAUUUAUUUCACUAUUCGAUGAAGCCGAUGAAGUUCAUCAUAAAGAUGCAUACACAUCAAAAUUAAAAUAUCGCAACUACGAGCUUAAUUGGAAAAUUGAGAAUUUCGAGUUUCUCUGUAAAAAUAUGAAAGAAAUAAAAUCGCCUCUCUUUCCAUCAAAAAAAUCAAAACAAGGCCAAUGGUUCAUUGAAUUGCAACCCACGGAAUUAAGAGAAAACAAUAAAACUCCUUUUAAAAUUAAAUUAAUUUCAACAGAUUCAAUUGCAAAACAUAUUAAUGUCAGUAUUUCAAUACAGAAUAAUUUUUCAAUUGUCCAAACAUGUAUCACUACUGACGUAAAAUAUAGUUUACAAUGCAAAUGGGUAUUAACAGGUUCAGAAUUAUAUUCAGCAUUUCAAAGAUCAACAAUAGCAAAAAUGAUUGAAAUUACAUGUAAACUCACUGUUCUUGAUUUUAAUACAAAAAAACAGGAAAUUCACGAUUAUGAACAAAAACCUAAUGAUCUAGUGGAAAAUAUUGAAAACCUACUCGACAAUGAAGACUUUAAAGAUGUUACUUUUAAUGUUGAAGAUGAAAAAUUCACAGCUCAUAAAAAUAUUCUCGCAAUUCGAAGUUCUGUCUUUGCUGCAAUGUUUAUGAAUAAAAUGUCUGAGGGACUAACAUCCGUUGUCGAAAUUGAUGACAUAAAACCAGCAAUUUUUCAAAAAAUGAUGAUUUUCAUUUAUACGGAUCGAGUGGAAAAUUUAGAUGAAUCAGCAUUUGAAUUAUUAUACGUUGCGGAAAAAUAUCAAUUGGAGAAACUUAAAAAUUUGUGCAUUCGGAGUUUAAACGUGAAUCUAUCUUUAGAAACGGUUAUUAAGAGUUUUGAAAUUGCCGAUUUGUAUUCAAUUGAAAAGCUUAAGGAUAAAUGUCUAAAAUUUAUAAACCAGGAAAUUGAUGAGAUUAACGAGACAAAAGAAUUUCAGGAACUUAUAAAAAGUCGUCCGUGUUUAUGGUUACAAAUUUUGAAAAUAAAUAAAAUGUUAGAUCUCAAUGAAACUGAGGACGAUGAAUGUUUCAAAAAUUGGAGUUAUAAAUUACGUGAUUGAACCUUUGGGUGCAAGAAGGGUAAAUUUUUGUAAUUAAAUUAAAAAGAAUUUAUAAAAAUGAUGUUUUUUUUCAAAUGGUAAUGGCGAAAAUUUAUCGCUAUAAAAAAUAUAACAAAAUUGAAAAGAAUUGAGAAAAGUCAAUUUUCUCCGAAAAUUUCAGUUCAUUUGAAUUUUCUUGCUUCUUGCUUAUGGGUUACUAUAAAAAAUUUUGUAAUUCUAGAUUAAGCUUGUAAACAUUGCUUUCUACAUAAAUUUAGACGUUUUUAAAAAACGUUAUUUUAAUAGAAUAAUCGUUUUUCAUAUUUUACAGAAACUUUUUAUCUUCUUGAUGUAUAAUGUUUAAAUAUACAAAAUUAAUAUAACAUUUUCUUGAUUUUAAG